AUGCCCAAAGAUACCACAGCUACGUCAAAUGCGCCGCUGACUCAAGAUCGAAGAUACAACACGCGUCCGAGGAAGGCAGCAACUGGGACAAGUACCGCCACUACGAAGUCCACACGACCCGCUAAGAAGUCAACCAACUCUCGGGUUGCCAGGCCCACUUCGAGAAGCAAUGCCUCUGUAGAGGUACAGGAGUCUCGGGAAGAAUUUCGAGGCAGGAUUGAAGUGUCUGGUGCGGCAGCUGGUGAGCUGACCGGGACGUGCAAUCCGGAUGUUGCCUCAGCCAGUAGUAGUGCCAACGCCGUCAAAUUGAAUCCUGUAACACUCCCUGUAUUGUCAACGGUCCAAGUUCACGCACAAGCGUCUACUGCAACUACAGGUCCUCCUGAAGCAGCACCGCAGAUUAGUUUAAUUAAGAAGACCAACAGCGACACGACUAUUCAGAAAAAUAAGGCACCGUUCCUUUCCAACCGCCUUGCUCUCAUCGUCUCGCCUGCAACAAAGAAGGCAACGCCGAAAGUGGUCAAGGAGUCGGCAAUUCCUAUGAUACUCAAGAACUUCGUGGGACUGCCGCUGGACAUCAUUCUUGAGAUUUGCUCGUACAUCGAUCCCAUGGACCUGCUCAACCUAACACGCGUGUCUAAAUUAUUCCGCGAGUUUUUCAUGUCGCGGGCCACUUUGUCGAUCUGGCGUAAGGUUCUCGAACAAGAGGGCCUGCCAAAAUGCCCUGAAGAUAUGAGCGAUCCUCAGUAUGCAAGUUUGAUGUUCGACGAGUUUUGUAUGGCCUGUCUUAGCACACGCGGUACCGUGAAGCCAGAUUAUAAGCUGAGGCUUCGACUCUGCGUAGGGUGUGCGAAGGCAAAUGUUGCCAACGGCUAUGGACUGAUGUAUCGCUUCGGCCAAAGCGCGAAAUCGGUCUUCACACUCUUGCCCUCGUCUUUUGUUUCCCGAGAUGGCUUUGAAUGGCCUAUCAAACCUCCGUCUACCGCUUUUUCCAGCGCGGAAAACAAUGAAGGAACGCAUUACAUCAUCCCGGAGGCGGCCCUCAUGCUUGAUAAGUACGAUGAGCUAUCUCGGUCAGAGUACGCGUCUUUCGCGACUGAACAUCAGGCACGGGCGACGAGGAUGAUGAAUGAAGGUCACGCUCUUCACCAUUGGGACAUUCUUCGGCAAGGGCGCAAGGAAAAGGCCAAAGAGGACAUGGAAGAUGUUCGUCGUUAUUUGAUGCUCGAAGAAAUGAAGAGGCUCGGCUGGGAAGAGAAAUACUUCCCUGACGACUCUGACGACUCGGAUACCGAGAAGUGGGACAAGUACUUGAACCAGAAGAAAGAGUUUACUCUUCGAAGUUGGAAGGCCCUCAAGCCCAAGCUCGAGCAAAUCUACAAGAAGAGCAAACGUGGCAUCAUGUUCAACGCAAUUGCACGGCGAUUUGAAGACGCCUACCUCGAAUUCAGGAAGAACGAAUCUGACCUUCUCAAGCGCGUCGCCCUGCCACCGCUGAGCGAGGUUCAGGCCCUGUGCCCGUCCCUCGCUCCCUUUCUCAUUAAGAACGAAUGGGAACCGCGUUCAGAUGAGGAUAUCCAUAACUUUAUGAGCACGGUUGCGAAGGAGACGCAGGGGUUCUUACCCAAUGCCCGGAAAGACUUAGUGGCACUGCUACGGAGGGGCGGAGCGAUUACGGGGUCAGAGCUUGACGAGAUGGUUUUGGGCAGAGCGUCAGCGCUGUUCUUUUGUAGGUGCAGGAAGUGUCACGAGAAAAAUCGCGCUGGGACCCAGUUAUUCGCCUACCCGGAGGUCGUGGAUCACUGGGUCUCGGCGAAUAGCGAUAAGGCAAAGUGGGAAGUAGCGAAGAUAGAUAUUUUCGCUAAGGGUGAUGUUAUUCAGGCCGCAAAGGACGUGCUUGUUGCGUUGGGGCUGGAGAAGGGAUGUCGAAGAGAUGAAAUGGAGAAGCUCGGGAAGCUUGCAUGUCGGUGUGGAUGUGUACAUAACUGUGGGCCGCUGACGUUCGAGAGAUUGGUGUACCACGUAUACAGAAAGAGAGAGGAGUAUGCCACGAUGCGGCAAAGAGUCCUCGACGAUGCUCAGACUAAGGCUGAGGCCCUUCUGCUCAAUUCGCAUGCUGCUGAGCGGCUGCCUUCUUUCGUUGUUCGUGCUGGUAAGGCGGUCGAUGAGGCAAGGGCUCAAGUGAACGCGAAUCCGCCGAGCAAGAAGAAGAGCGAGCUAUCAAUCAAGUACAUCGGUGCGUGGAUGGAGAACAUAGGACCAUCUCUGGAGAGGCUUUUUGUCGCUGAUAGGUUGCGCCUCAUUAUACCUCCAGAAUUCGAAAAACCCCUUCAUCUACUGGUUCCAGCCCAAGGCUUCCUUGCGAAGCGUCGAAUUGGGGCGCUGAAGCUCUUUUUGGAUCUUCCACUUGACGUCAUUUUUGAGGCCAUUUCGUACCUCAGUCCAGCGGAUGUACUCACAUUGACGCGUGUUUCGAGAGAAUUUCGGUCGUUGUUCCUGUCGAGAUCGAGUUCGCUUGCAAUCUGGCGUCGGGUGGUGGUGCAAGUGCCUGGUCUUCCUCCAUGCCCCGAGGAUCUCGAUGAACCACAGUAUGCUAGUCUUGUUUACGAUAAAUUCUGCAUGGCGUGUGGCAGUACGCGAGGUGUACUAACAACUUAUUACCGGCUGCGAUUGAGGUUUUGUACGAAGUGCGCAAAACGAAAUCUCAUGGAUGGCUACGAUAUUCGUUCUGAGGGCUACGCCUAUUCCGACACCACACUGUUCCUCGAAAUUUUGCCAUCUUCGGGGAUAGAUUACGAGGGUCACGAUCCGAAUAACAGAGACCAGAAAGUUUCGACGCUCAACGACCUUGAAGCAUUAUACUUCAAACCAGAGGUCGAAGAUAUCAUCGGACAUGUUAUGGAGAUCAUUCAAGCAAUGGGCGACAAUCCAAACUUUGAAGAAAUAUUUUCUCUCAUUGUAGGGGAUCAAAUUUCGGUUGCCUCGAGGAUGAUACAGGAAGGGAUUUUGCUUGAACAGUGGCAAGCUGAUCAGAAUGAUGCGGCUGCGACCGAGAAAGAAGCCCUGACCACAACCAGAUAUGAGAGAAUCAUGCAAGAGAUCGCUGCUUUGGGCUGGGAAGAGUACUACUUCCCUACUGAGUACAGUCCGGGGACGCAGGAGGAUCUUGAGCAGUGGAUGAAGUUUCUCUUUCAAGCGAAAGAGUUCACCGUCCGUGGAUGGAAGGCCAUACGACCGAAAAUGGAGGCCAUCUACCUGCGAUCGAAGGAACUAAUCCGGAUCAAUACUCUUCUCGACCUUAUCCAAGACGAGUUCCUGGCCUGUCGCUCGAGACUCCCCGUUGAACGCCGCCGCCAGACUCCAGGAUGGCAGGAUACGUUGGACGACCCUCGUCUAGAUAUAUUCAUUGAACAGACACACGCGACCAACUGGACAUCAGAUAAUAUUUGCACAUUUGUGGACGCGCUGUUGGCUGACACUGCUGACUUUUUCUCUCGCGUCCAAGCCGAAGUCGUUGACAAAGUCGUGAAGUUCUAUGCGAUGCCACCGCAUCCGUCGGUCUUGAAGGAAGCAAGGAUGCUCUUUCGGUGCCAAAGGCAUGAAUGCGCAGGCAUGCGGACGUACAUUCCGUUCCGCGACGUUGUUGACCACCUUGUCGAGACCCACCCUGAAGAAGGAUGGUUCCAAGCGUCGGACUUCAUGAAACCCAAUAUCGAUGCGACAUGUUCCAGACUGCAAGCGAUGUCCUCUGCGCCCUCGGCUUCGCAGAGGAUACUUCCUACGAAACGCUCGAGCGUAUGGGCAAGUUCAAAACCGAUGACGUUUGAGAAGCUCGUCUUCCACGUCUACUCAGAGCAACAGUGGUGCAAGCAGAAAUUGCAGCAGGUCCACCCCUCUCGGCUUCAUCGCGUCAACGAUCUCCUCGAAGAUUCCCACAAUCUGCAAAGCCUGCGAGACUUCUUGGACUCUGUGCCCGGGGCCGGAGAAAGCGAAGAACCUUCAACGGAUGGUGCAGAGGACACCUUCCUUCUCCCCCAGCAGCACCGAUGCCAAUGGUGCUUCUCGUUGACGAGGCGGGUCCACCUGUCACAAAUCGAGCAUGAGACGAUAGACUUCCACAUGAAAGCUAGGUGA